AUGAGUGAUCCAACUGAAUCAUAGUAGAAAUAAAAUAAUGAUGUAAUAUACUGCAAACAUCAUCCUGAAGAAUAGGUAACUAGAGUAUGCAAUAAUCCAGAAUGCAAUAAAGAUGGAUUCAUUUGUUCUAAGUGUGUGCAUGAAGGAGCACAUGAAGGUCACCCAUCAUUUGGAUAUGCUAAGUUAAAGGCUGCUCUCAUUAAAUUUGUUAGUAAUAUUAUUAAUUUGAUCAAUAGAUUCAUCAAGAACACAAUAAGAUCUAACCAAGGAAGGAUAGUUGAGUUAUGCAAGAAUGUAGAACUAUUUAGAAGAGACAUCCUAGAGUAUAUACAAAUAAGCCUAAAAGUUAAAUAAAUUAAGUCAAUUCAUGGAAAAUCUAAAUGAAACUCUAUUAAGCUUGUAAGAGAUAGGAGAAGAGGUAGAUAUUGCAUAUACAAUACUUUAUAACAUGGAUAAGAAAGAAACAGGAGUAGAUGUAAAUACACUAAAUGAUUACUUAAAUUAAUUCAGACUAUUGAUGGAUAUUAAUCUAGACUCAUAAAAUCAUGAAGUAUCGAUCAGGCCAUCAAGCAUUUCACAAUUGAGAAUCAAGAAUAUUUUAGAUAAGAAAGCAGAUUUCACAUCAUUAUUAAGGAAAACAGUCGAAGAACAUGAAUAACACUUUUAGAAAUUCUUGAAAGAAAUGGGAGAUUUACUUAAGGAGAAUAAACAAUUUUUGGUACCAAAGGCUAAUGAAACAGAAGAGAAUAGAAAUGCUGAAUUUGGAAAGAGAGCACUUUAUAAUUCUUAUUAUAAAUAAGACACAGAAAAGACUGAGAAAAAUAAAAAGAAAGUAAAAGGUUAAGUUAAAGGCAAAGUAAAACAUGAAGAUGAUGAAGAAAUGAGCAUUGGCAGAGAAUAUUAAAUAGGAGCUGUUGAAAAAUGUGGUAUUCCAAAGUUAGAUUAAGGACAACCUCCUUAGGGAAUCAAGAAACAAAUGUUCAAAUUGUGUAACUAUCUGAUAUUUUACAAUACUUUGAUGUGUGAUUCAAUAUUGCCAGAACCAAUAUUAAGAGGAGUACCUUUGAAGAAAAUGCAAUAAGGAGAAUUGAAAUUUCCAAUCAGAUGUGCUUUUUGUAGACUANGUAAAAAAAUUGUUUGUUUUUGUACUAUGUCCAUCAUUAAUCUGUUCACUUCAUAAAAGUGUAUAUAAACCAAAUUUACCAUAGUUGACUAAUUAUUAAAGCAAAUUGAUAUUGUUAUGUAAAAUUAAUUAAUUUAGGUUGUUUUACAAAAUAUAGUAAGGUAAUUAAAAAAGCAUUUUAAUAUUUUAUUCUUUUAUGUGAUAUUGAUGAUUCAGAUAAAAUGA